AUGAGUAAUAACGAAGAAAGCAUAGAAUCAAAAGGAACCGAAGAAGACAUAGAUCAAGCCGAAACGAUCAAAGAUAGGUUGGAUAAAGAUGCAUCCGCUAAGCUACCCACAUCUGUGUAUGGCGGGAUUUCAUUAGGAUCAAGAUUGUUAGCUAAACAAGAUAACACGGCAUGGCUGUCUGAUAACCGCACUUUUGCGUUUGGUUUCGUUUCAAGUGGUACUAAUGGUCGUUACUAUCUCGCGGUUUGGUUUGCUCAACUUCCCGGGGAUCGCGAUCUCGUUUGGUCAGCUAAUCAAAACUCCCCUGUAAGCAAAGACGCCAUAUUAGAGCUCGACACAACCGGAAACCUCCUCCUCAUCGACGGUCGCACCACCGUAUGGACAUCCAACACCACCACCGGCGAUGUUACACAAGCGGUUAUGUCAGAAAAUGGAAACCUUAUUCUCCACGGUUCGAACAACCGAAUAAUAUGGCAAAGUUUUUCUCAUCCAUCCGACACUCUUCUCCCCGGCCAACCACUAACAGUCUCUUUAGAACUCACCUCCCAAUCCUCUCCUACUCACGGCGGCUAUUACACUUUAAAAAUGCUUCAACAACCCACUUCAUUAAGCCUAGCUCUUUCCUAUAACAUCCCCCAAACUCAGAACAAUUACUCAUACUGGUCUGGUCCUGACAUAUCAAAUGUCACCGGAGAAGUUAUCGCAAUUUUGAAUGAUGCCGGGAGUUUUGGUAUUGUCUAUGGUUCAUACUCAGAUGGAGCUGUUUAUGUUUAUAAAAAUGAUAAUGAUAAUGGAAGUCUAUUCAUGGGUACAAACCAGAGUUAUAAUCGGGUAAAUACAAUCAGAAGAAUGACACUUGAAGGUAAUGGGAAUUUGAGAUUAUAUAGAUGGGAUGAAGAUUUUAAUGGGUCACGACAAUGGGUGUCGGAAUGGGCUGCGGUUUCAAACCCAUGUGAGAUUGCUGGAAUUUGUGGAAAUGGAAUAUGUAAUCUUGAUAAAAGCAAGACCAAUGCUUCUUGUGAUUGUUUACCGGGAUCAUUUAAAUAUGAAACAGAGUUACAAUGUUAUUCGAAUUCCUCUGCCACUGGAAAAUGUGGUCCAAACCAUGAGAAUAAUCUCCAAUCGCAAUUCAAGGCUGUGACAAUACAACAAACGAACUAUUUCUUUUCCGAUUGGUCGGUUAUUGCGAAUUACAGCGACGCAGAGAUGGUAUCCAAGUGCGGGAAUAUCUGUGUAGAGGAUUGCGAUUGUGUGGCUUCGGUUUCGGGUUUGAACGAGGAAAAAGCUUAUUGUUGGAUAUUAAAAAGUUUGGAGUUUGGGGGGUUUGAGGAUACGGGGGCGACCCUGUUUGUGAAAGUGGAUAAGAACGGUUCGGGUCGGGAUGGUGAUUAUAAUAAGCAUGGGUUGUCAUCAAGUGAACGAAACCGACUUGUGGUGCUUCCUGUUGUUUUGAGCAUGGGAGUUCUUAUUGCUCUUUUAUGUUGUUUGCUUUAUGCUAAUAUUCAUAGAAGGAGAUUGUUAAGGAAAGCACUUGAGAAUUCGUGGAUUCAAACGGGUGCUCCCAUUAGUUUUAGCUAUCGUGAUUUGCAGGGAAAGACAAACAAUUUUGCUAACUUGAUCGGAACGGGUGGUUUUGGGAGCGUUUACAAGGGGAGUCUAGGAGAUGGUACAUUGAUUGCGGUUAAGAAACUUGAAAAGGUUUUACCACAUGGGCAUAAGGAAUUCAUCACCGAAGUUAACACUAUAGGAUCGAUGCAUCACGUGAACCUCGUUCGCCUUCGCGGUUAUUCAUCGGAAGGAUCACACAGGCUAUUGGUGUACGAGUUCAUGAAGAACGGAUCUUUGGAUAAAUGGAUAUUUUUAUCGAGAGAUUGUCGUGACCGGUUGUUGGAUUGGUCAACUCGCUUCAACAUAGCUGUGGGGACUGCAAAGGGUAUCGCGUAUUUCCACGAACAAUGUCUAAACACAAUAAUACAUUGCGAUAUAAAACCGGAAAACAUUCUCCUCGACGAGACAUUUUGUCCAAAGGUUUCGGACUUUGGUUUGGCAAAACUAAUGGGAAGGGAGCAUUCACAUGUUGUCACAAUGGUUCGUGGAACAAGAGGUUACUUAGCACCCGAAUGGAUAAGUAAUCGUGCAAUAACGGUCAAAGCAGAUGUUUAUAGCUUUGGGAUGCUUCUAUUGGAGAUUGUGGGUGGUAGAAGAAACCUAGAUAUGUCUUACGGUCCGGAUGAAUUUUUCUAUCCCGGAUGGGCUUUUAAGGAAAUGUCGAAUGGUAGGGCAUUGAAAGUGGCGGAUAGACGGUUAGGAGGUGCGGUUGAAGAAGAGGAGUUGUUGAGGGCUCUAAGAGUAGGGUUGUGGUGCAUACAAGAUGAUAUUUCAAUGAGACCUACAAUGGGAGAAGUGGUGAAGAUGUUAGAAGAGUCAGUUGAGAUAAACAUGCCACCAAUUCCUCAAACUGUGUUAGAGUUGGUGGAAGAAGGACUUGAGAAUGUGUAUAAAGCAAUGAAAAGAGAGUUCAAUCACUUCAACUCAAUGGAAACUACAACUACUACUAUGCCUUCUAAUUCCCAUGCUACAUGUAGUUACUCUACUAUUUCUCCAAGAUAACUUAACAAUUUAUACCCAAAAGAUUGGAACUUUGUCA